CGGCAGCCAUCAUUGUCCGUUGUUGUCCUCCGUAGGGAUUUGUCCUACAAGACAUCAAGACCAAAUGGGGAAUAGUCGUCUGUCUUAUCUCUUGUAGACCAAAUGGGGAAUAAUCUUCUGUCUUUUCUCUUGUCGAUGCCAACAAUAAUUCCGUUGACACAUGCAUUGACCAAGUUGUUCGUCACCAGACAACGCAGUUACCGUCAGACGUUAUCGGUCAACUGGCAUUUCCGACAGGCUUCGUGCCUGCCCUUGACAAUGUGAGCUUCUUCUUCCUCUCCACUCUGCUUCCCUGGUGUCACUGAGUGCUUCUCCUUAUCUUGUGAACUCGCAGGCCUGUGGUGACCAUCAUCCAUGCACUACGUCCUUCGACAUCGUGACCUGAUGUGCUCGAGAGUUGACAAUCCUCUCAUGAAGUCCUGACUUAGCUAUGUAAGUUACAAAAAUAUUGCACUAUUAGUGCUUGUUGGUUAGCUCGUCAAAAAUAAUGCUGCGAACAGGCAAUGGUUACUAAGCCACACCACUCGUGAUCAAAGGCGGCGUGUUUACCUGUAGAACAGUAACGGCUCUCGGUGACGUGGUCAGCUUCCACAGCUUACUUAUGGUUCCACUCCCGUCUGUUCCUUUCUUUCUUCGACUGUUUGUAGCUGAAUGGGGUUCAUGAAUUAAGUGAAUCUUACGAAGCUUUAGAGGUAUAGAUAACAUCUGAAGGCAUGAUUGUGAUAUUUAUAGAGGUGCUGACUUUUUUUAUUUUUCGUCAGUCGAGUAAAGCGUUGUAAAUCUGACAGGUUAUUUAAUUUCAGUUUAUGCUGCACGAACACACACACACACUCACAGACACGCAGGUGCACAUAUUCUCAGUCCUCACCCACCAUCGCAACUGUCACUCACGAUUGUAAGUCCUUUCACACAACAAAGCCUCACCGGCGACCUCCUGUCUAUCCGCUUAUCGCCUCCUACAGAAACUCGUGAUUUAUGAGCAGAAUAUCGCCAGGCGCUGGGUGAAGUUGUUUGAGACGAGCUGAGCUUCAGUGCCGACAAGUGAAAGCAACAGCUUGAGAGACAAUCUCUUGAUAUGCGGCAAGUCUGUGCACACCUGGCGCACUGGCACACUGUCGUGACCGGGUGGCAACGGUUAUGUGUACGUUACACGUUUUGCUUUUUUUGGAAUCCCCGAACAGUAUGAAGGAAGGGGGACUGUGUUGUGCCUACGAAUUGAGCGGGAAGGUGAACUAAUCAAGGAAACAUAUCACAUGUAUACAAGUAGAACUCUCCUCGAAUGUUGAAUGCUGGUGUGUAGCCGCGAUACAGAAAAUGGUUCACCUGCGAUAUCCAAGUCGCAAAGACUUUCUUACCUGGGAUGAACUUGGGUGCCUAGCAAGGAUGCUGGGGUUCCCACAAAACAUUGUGAAGGAGAAUGUACCGCCUGACCUGACAGUACAGAAAGAUGGCAUGAGUCUCUCUCAGCUGGAGCGGAUGAUAGAGCUGAAACUCUUGCACCAGGCUCUCCAUCGCAGCUUCAACAUGCACACAGCAGACUGGAACCUUUGUGUCAUUCGCAAGUCCAUAUCACUUCUACAUCGCAAACUGUUUAGUUUCGAGGAACUACGCAACAUCCGGUUGGCGUAUGCCACGUACGAAGCCAGCGACAUGAAGGGACUCCGACUGCAUCCACGCACUCUCCUGAGAACACUUAAGAUGUGUGACCGGGUCAUCUCGCCCCUGAAGCUGAUGCACCGCGUGAAGCACAUGCGAGGCGGACUGGAGGAGGCAGGUCGCAUCCAGCUCUACGAGUUCUUUGAUCUCGUCCUCUGGUGUGAUCGUGCAAAAGCGUUUCACAAAGCGAACGUUCAUAUUGAGACAACGGGACGAGAGAAGGGAACAUUUCCUCUUGAGGAUUUUGAGAACCUGUUGUCUCAUGAAGACGAGCGUCGGGCUCGCUUGCUGGACCAUCAGUACCUGGCGGAAGAAUGGGACUUCGGGCGAGAAAAACACGGCAGUAAACACAUGUUCAAAGGAGAAGUGGUCUUCUCAGCAAACCGCAUCAAACAGACGCAGGACCAAAAGCGGAAGUACCGUCAUUUAAAAACAGAAAUCAACCAAUCGCAAAGACGUGUGUACAGAGCGCAUGCUGGUUCCAUUCGAGAUCGACCAAUCAGCGCCCCGAAUCUGUCGACGUACAGAACACCACGCACUGCGCAGGCCUCGCGCGCAGCCACAGCCACAGCUGUGUACAGGUCUGUUCAGAGACGCCUGCACUCCGCCCCGUUUACAGUUUCCGCGCAGACGCAAAGGUCGGGGCACCCCACCGUUUCACAGUACGUGCGGGUGGACACGCCUCACGUGGUGACCCCGGCGGAGAUCGACGAGGUGCAACUUAAGGUCGGCAACCUGCACUUCGACAUCUUGACUCUGGAGAGCCGUUGUCAAGUUAAUAUGGAAGAGGAGAUGGACUUUUAUAUCCCACAUUAUAAACAACGCCUUCUUAGCAAAGACUCAGCAGUCCCAGUGUCAUGCGAGGCGGAGCCUGUGAAGACCUCAGAUGCAUCACCUGACGAAAGGCUUGGUGGCUGGAAAGGAGGCGAUGUGGCAGGAUGUCAGAGGUCAACUAUUCCGACAUUUGGUCGAUCACCUGUUGGACAGCUGACGGCACGGCCAGACGCAGCAGCUACUGCAAGACAAAACAAUGUGUCCAACAACAUGACCACAGCACCAGGCAGGUCACUCAGACCAUCCUCGACCUCGUCCACAGAAAGGCGAGACACAGAAAGACGACUUGCAUGUAUACGAAACUUGGCCGUUACAAAUCAUCUACCUCGUGCUAGCUCAUGCAAAGUUCAAACCGUCAGUAAGACAAAUGCUGACGACGGGAGCAAAGACUUCUCAAGGAACAAGUAUGAAUCUGUCAAGACCUUAGCUCUUUUCUCAGCCCGUUCAUCACCUAGCACUUGUUUACACGAAAAUGCGCUAAGUCUUAGUCAUGAAAAUCGUGUAAAUAAACUUCCGCAUGGAAACACAAAAAUUAAAGCGGACAAUUGAGGAAAAUCAAAACAUUCUUUAGAUAUAAGCUGUGUGUUAAAACAGAACAAACAUUUCA